UUGUGUGUCUCAUUGUGUGUCUCACUGUGUGUCCCAUUGUGUUUCAUUGUAUGUCUCAUUGCGUGCCUCACUGUGUGCGUUUGUGUGUCUCAUUGUGUGUCUCAGUGCGUAUCUCAUUUACUGUGUCUCAUUGUGUGUCUCAGUGCGUAUCUCAUUUACUGUGUGUCUCAUUGUGUGUUUUUUUUUCUG